UGCUGAGAAAUUUCCAAAUUCUGAAAAGCACUGAAGUGCAAACCCUCGGCGCACUGUGACGCGCGCGCGUAAGUAAACGCAUGUGCCGUACCACUAAUUGAUGGGCUGGGUUUAUGUGUUUAUGUUAAAAUCUGUUGUUUAUCAUUUUUCAUAUCGCAAACCGAAAGCUCAGCAUCUGGCUGAUCUUCUAUCGCUUUCUGAAGGCUGCUAAACAUACUACAGUCAUUGACAGUUUGCUAAAGGUGGAGUUAUUUUCUCAAGUGACAAAGGUGUUAUUAGAUAUCAAGAGUUUUGCUUCUGGUCUCAAUUCAAAUUCUGCUAUUUCCAUUGUGUGCAAUCUUCUUUAUCUGGCAUCACACGAAGGAAAAAGACUUUUGGAUAGAAAGAAGAAAAAUGACUUUGUGAACUUGAUGCUGCAGCUUCUUCCUUUAUGUGAGGACACUGGGAUAAAACCUGAGAGCAAUGCUUGCUUCUGGCACCCACUCUUUGGCUGGUGCAAAGGAGAAAUAGAUGUUAGGUUAUUGAGGCUAUUCACGUAUGUGCAGAAACAGUUGCAGUGUUUGUGGCAUCCAGCCUUUGUGAAAGUUUUUUUCUCUGAUGUGUUAGAACCAAAUCCAGGGAAUGCAAAAAAACACUCUUUAAAGAUGAAACGACCAUUUCUAAGCUCUGUCUGUGAGAUGUACCUUCUCAUUUUAUUGACUGUGAAGAAUUUUGUGUCUGACAUACUUAUUGGAUUAGGCUGUAAUGACACUGUAGUCUUUAAGAUAUGGUGCUUUUUUAAAGAUACAACUAUGCUGGAUUUCGAAGAGAUCUUUGGAACAAAAUCAUACAUUCUCAUAUUAUCUCUUCUCAGCCAGAUGAUGCUCUAUAUGCUGAAUAUUCUGGAUGAUUUUGAUUUGUUUGAGAAACAGAGGAGUUUUAAAAAUGAGGAUUUAGCUGAGAUAACCAUGUUUCUAAACAAUUUACUCUUUCGAACAAUAUGGGAGGAGAAGGAACUGUCGCAGUUUUCUCAUUGUCAAGGACUUCUGUUAAUGUUGUACAAUCGAGAUUGCAAAAAGCAUUUUUGUCGCAAGGAACACUGGAUCUUACAGGGUUUCAAGAGGCGUAUUUUGAUGAAGGAGCUGGACUCCAAUACCAACCGUGGUCUUAGAAUGCUUAUACAGCUACCACAUAUAUUCCCACAUCAGAAGGUGAGUAUGAAGUAUUCUUCAUGCCCAUACUCCUUGUUUUUUUGUGUGAAUUGAAAUAUUUCUGCCAUUCAUAGAUGACCUGCAUGUGAUAAAGUAGCUUAUGUGCAUAGUUACUAGAGAAGUAGAGAUGGGUUAAAAGGUGGUGCUUUGAAAUUAUAACAGGCUUACGAUCAGUGCACUUGUCAUACAUGCAUGAGACUAGGUACAAAGAUGUAGUGUUAUGUGUUGCAGAAAAUGUAGCAUCAAAGGAGGGGAGAGGCAUUAUCACAAUGCUGCAGCAGUUUAUGUUUUAUCAAAAGACUUCAUUCACAAUUAUAAUAAUU